ACAAGGAUUAAAAGCAGAUGUUAAAUGAAAUAUUAUUUCCAACGUAUUUCCAGACUGUGUGCUCGGUAAAAAACCGCUGCCGAUACAUUUAUAUCUUCAAGAUACGAAAAAUGUUUCUUAAGUUAAAAAAGGAUAACGUUUAUGAAGAGUAUUUAGGCUGAUAUACAAAAUUAUACACGAAGCAUUGCCAUUGAACGAAAAUGAUACAGAAAUUAGCGAGUGGUUUGAGAACUCGUCCGAGGCGCAAGUCACUGUUAGCCCGCGUGUUGGUUUUCGUCGGAUUGCUGUGUUGCACCUCGAUAUUUCAUUCUCUAACAUCUAAUGGAGUUCAGCAUAUCCGUUCAGGAAAAUCAACUUACACUGCAAGAAACUUGUUAUCAACAAGCCAGUGGGAAACAUGUGACUUUGAGACGGAUUAUUUACGUAAUGAGUCUGAUCCCCAUAACAAGAACACAACACCAAACAAGGCUUAUGGAUGGAUGGCGCUGCACAUUUUAUGUGUCAUAAUAAUUUUUAUAGCUCUAGCCAUCAUCUGUGAUGAUUUUUUCGUUCCGUCACUGGAAGCAAUUUCGGAGAAACUCGAUCUUUCCGAAGACGUUGCUGGUGCAACCUUCAUGGCGGCUGGAUCGUCGGCACCGGAGCUGUUUACAUCCGUUGCUGGUGUUACUGCGGAUAGCGAUGUGGGAGUUGGCACCAUUGUUGGGAGUGCAGUUUUCAAUCUACUGGUUAUUAUAGCGUUAACAGCUGCCUUAACAACACAGACACUUCAGCUGGACUGGCGACCCUUGAUUCGCGAUUCAAUCUGCUACGCUCUUUCCAUAGCCGUAUUUGUUCUCUUUGCGUGGGAUGCAAAAUUCGAAUUUUACGAAUCUGUAAUACUACUGUCGCUGUACUUCAUGUACAUUUUGUUGAUGAAAUACAACAGCAAUCUUAUGGAAUAUUUAGAGGGAUGGGGGAACAAGGUAGGCCGAGUUAGUCCCGAGGUUGUGGAUAUACCAACUACAGUUGAAACCGUUAUUGAGAUCAACGAAAAGGAACAAACUAACGAACCUCCAGAGGACAACCACAACAAAGAUGCAACACCUCCACAAGGAAGACUUCCUCCCUUACAACCAUUGAAGGUCGGCUUUGAAGGAACCAAAUCGACCCACAGUAUCGGUUCUGCAGGACAUGGGACGCUUCCUCAUUUUUCGCAUUCUCACAAAGGAGAGAUAGCUAGAUCAUUUAUACGACCCAGAAGUGCCCGGAGGCUUGACAUAGUUGCCCAGGUCGAGAAGGUAACCACUAAUUCUGAACCUUUAAUCCCUUCCUUAUUCGAAAACAACUUGCUUGACGACGAAAAGAUGCGAAGAAAGAGCUCCGUGGGAGGGCAUUCUGCGUAUCCGCAAGAGAUGGUCAAGGUGAAAUCCAUCGCGGCCGGACACAUCCACAGAGAGAUGCGGCGGCUAUCCGCCCAACAUGAGAAAAUCCAUCACGAUGACAGUAAGGAAAACGACGGAGACGUAGGUGAGUCCAGUGCCCAUGGCGAAGAAGAAGCUGACUCGAAAAUGCGAAUUGUUCCUUGCCUUCCCGCCGUUAACGCAAAUUUUCCAGAGAAAGGCGAAGGUGGUGGUUGCUUGGCUGGCAUUCGUUACAUAGUCGAUUGGAUCCUUUUCAUCGUCUCGUUUCCGUUCUUAUGUAUGUUCACGUGGACAAUACCAAGUUGCUCGGAGGCACACAACCGGAAGUACUUCCUCGUCUCGUUCUUGGCCUCAAUUGUAUGGAUUGCUAUCUUGAGCUUCGGCAUGGUCACCCUGGUUGGACGAGUUGGCUGCAUCUUAAAUAUUGAUAAGUUUACAAUGGGUUUGGUCGUUGUAGCAAUUGGAACAAGCAUUCCGGACGCACUAAGUUCUAUCAUCGUUGCGCGAGAUGGUUUUGGCGAUAUGGCCGUUUCAAACGCCAUUGGUUCCAAUGUAUUUGACAUCGACUUAGGUAUUGGUCUACCGUUUGUGAUCAAAUCUCUUAUUGAUGACCUUGGACCUAUUCGACUUCUCAGCGAUGCUGAUCAGAAAUUGUAUGACAAUGACGAGAUGACACUUGUUCCACACGUGAAAUUUGGUUUCAUACUUCUAAUAGUCUUGCUCAUAUGCCUCGGCGUAUUCGGAGCGGUGAAGUUCCGUUUGAGUCGUACCGUGGGCAUAUCAUUCUUCCUCAUGUACAUUCUGUUUGUAUCAUACGCCUACAUACAGGAUCUGCUGUGCGACCACGACUGCUAGCGACGAGGCUAAAAUAAUAUGGAUUGAAAUUCUUGUAGCAUAUAAUAUGUAUAUUUUAUGUACCUUCUGUACAGACAAAAUGGGAUAUUUUUCUACCAAUAAAGAACCUUUGAAAUGCAUUAAAAAUGCCUGUAAAAUUUGUUGCAUAUACGCAUAGAAUGAGACAUAUUGA